GGUACAUGCUGGGCAGUGCCAGCCAGUCCUACUCCCAUACCACCCGUGCCUCACCAGCCACCGUCCAGUGGCUCCUGGACAACUACGAGACGGCUGAGGGUGUGAGCCUGCCCCGGAGCACCCUCUACUGCCACUACCUGCUGCACUGCCAGGAGCAGAAGCUGGAGCCUGUCAACGCCGCCUCCUUUGGCAAGCUUAUCCGCUCCGUCUUCAUGGGCCUGCGAACGCGUCGCCUCGGCACCAGGGGCAACUCCAAGUACCACUACUACGGCCUGCGCAUCAAAGCCAACUCGCCCCUUCUGCGCCUGAUGGAGGACCAGCAGCAUAUGGCCAUGCGGGGCCAGCCCUUCUCACAGAAGCAGAGGCUUAAGCCCAUCCAGAAGAUGGAAGGCAUGACCAACGGCGUGGCCGUGGGGCAGCAGCAGGCUGCCGGGCUGUCAGACAUCAGCGCCCAGGUCCAGCAGUACCAGCAGUUCCUGGAUGCCUCCCGGAGCCUCCCUGACUUUACAGAGCUGGACCUCCAGGGCAAAGUGCUGCCGGAAGGUGUCGGGCCCGGGGACAUCAAGGCCUUCCAGCUCCUGUACCGGGAACACUGUGAGGCCAUCGUUGAUGUCAUGGUGAACCUGCAGUUCACCCUGGUGGAGACUCUGUGGAAAACUUUCUGGAGAUACAAUCUCAGCCAGCCUAGCGAGGCACCGCCGCUGGCCGUGUGAGUCCUGCACGACGAGGCCGAGAAGCGGCUGCCCAAGGCCAUCCUGGUGCUCCUCUCCAAGUUCGAGCCUGUGCUCCAGUGGACCAAGCACUGUGACAACGUGCUGUACCAGGGCCUGGUGGAGAUCCUCAUCCCCGAUGUGCUGCGGCCCAUCCCCAGUGCCUUGACCCAAGCGAUCCGGAACUUUGCCAAGAGCCUGGAGAGCUGGCUCACCCACGCCAUGGUGAACAUCCCUGAGGAGAUGCUGCGGGUGAAGGUGGCGGCGGCCGGUGCCUUCGCACAGACGCUGCGGCGCUACACAUCGCUGAACCACCUGGCGCAGGCGGCGCGCGCAGUCCUGCAGAACACCGCGCAGAUCAACCAGAUGCUGAGCGACCUCAACCGCGUGGACUUCGCCAACGUGCAGGAGCAGGCCUCGUGGGUGUGCCGCUGCGAGGACCGCGUGGUGCAGCGGCUGGAGCAGGACUUCAAGGUGACGCUGCAGCAACAGAAUUCGCUGGAGCAGUGGGCCGCCUGGCUGGACGGCGUCGUGAGCCAGGUGCUCAAACCCUACCAGGGCAGCGCCGGCUUCCCCAAGGCCGCCAAACUCUUCCUUCUCAAGUGGUCCUUCUACAGCUCCAUGGUGAUCCGGGACCUGACCCUGCGCAGCGCCGCCAGCUUUGGCUCCUUCCAUCUCAUCCGGCUGCUCUACGACGAGUACAUGUACUACCUGAUCGAGCACCGCGUGGCCCAGGCUAAGGGCGAGACCCCUAUCGCCGUCAUGGGCGAGUUCGCUAACCUGGCCACCUCGCUGAACCCCCUGGACCCCGACAAAGGUAGGCGGAACGUGUCCCCACCCUGAGCCCGGGAGGCAGGGGGCGGGGGUGGAAGAGGCGCAGGCCAGGUCGCGCCGCUGCCGGGCUCUGAGCCGAGCCUGGUCCGUGUGCCCCAGACGAGGAGGAAGAAG